AUGCAUGCCUGCACGCCAUCUCCCGCCAUGGCAUCUGCCGCCAUGGCAUCUGCCGCCAUGGCAUCUGCCGCCAUGGCAUCUCCCGCCAUGGCAUCUGCCGCCAUGGCAUCUCCCGCCAUGGCAUCUGCCGCCAUGGCAUCUGCAGCGGGCUUGCCAUGUCAACAAGUAGCACACGGCGCAGCAGCAGAGCGCGGAUGUGCCGUGCCAUGCUUGGUACACCGUACACCCCAGCCCCGCACUGCCUAG